AUGAACUCCGAUCCAUCAUUGCCAUCAUGCUUAUUCGUUAACUGCCACACUGAUCAAUCUCUACAUAAUAUGGUUGCUGAAUACUUCGAGACGGAAAGCUUUGGGGUUCGAGCUGCACCUAUCAUGGAGAGUGAAGCUGACGUCCAUGCUCGGGAAAUCUUGAAGUCUACUACAUGCCGUGUUGAAGGAAGGUACCAGACUGGUCUGCUCUGGAAACGUUCCGACAUACAGCUACCUGCCAGCUAUUCUAUGGCUUUGAAAAGAUUAGCGGGUGUUGAAGCAAAAAUGAGGCGCGAUACAGACUUUGCCGCUGAAUAUAACCGCAUCAUAAGUUCUUACGUCAUGAAAGACUACGCACGAAAGCUGUCGCCAGAAGAAGCCGCUUUAACUUGCAAUAGAACAUGGUACCUGCCUCAUUUUGCCGUGAAGAAUCCAAAUAAGCCAGGCAAGUUACGCAUGGUGUUCGACGCAGCUGCUGAGGUGGACGGUGUGUCCCUUAAUUCACAGCUUAUGAAGGGUCCGCAAGAGUAUCGGUCUUUGCCUGCUAUACUAUUCCACUUUCGGGAAGGAGCAACGGGCGUGUGUGGGGACAUCAAAGAGAUGUUUCACCAGGUGCUGGUUCAACGUGACGACAGAUGUGCGCAACGAUUUCUUUGGCGCCAAGGUGAUACUACCAGACAGCCCGAGGUAUAUGAGAUGCGCGUAAUGACCUUUGGAGCAGCAUGUUCGCCUUGCGCCGCCAAUUAUGUGAAGACGAUCAAUGCGUUGGAGUAUGGCAACAAAGUCAAGGGUGCUACCCGAGCCGUGAAAUCGAUACUAGACUACCAUUAUGUCGAUGACUAUGUCGAUAGCUUUGACACAGAGGAAGAAGCAGCUGACAUAACGAAACAAGUUCGCGCAAUACAUAAGAUGGCCGGUUUCGAUCUUUGUAAUUUCGCGUCAAACUCAUUAAGAGUGACAGAAGCACUUAGUGGUGACGGGAAUAUCCGUCAAAUAGCAAAUAAAGAAGGAGUACUGGUGGACAGAGUCCUCGGUUUGUUUUGGCAGGCAUCAACCGACACUUUUGGGUUUAAACUGAGAUUCAACAACGUAGAUUCCAACGUUUUGGACGGAGGGCGCCGUCCGACGAAACGAGAACUUCUCAGUGUGGUCAUGUCGAUCUUCGACCCGCUGGGCUUUCUUAGCAACUUUGUAGUGAGCGCUAAGAUCCUCAUGCGGGAAGUGUGGAAGAAUGACAUCCGGUGGGACGAGCCACUGCCAAACAACGUAAACACCGCAUGGGAAGGAUGGCGUAAACAACUGCCAAUGGUCGCCGAAUAUACCGUCCCUCGAUACUAUUAUCGAAAUGGGAAACCUGAAGUUUUGCAGCUCCAUGUUUUCGUCGACGCCAGCGAGGAUGCCUUUGCCGCGGUAGCCUACUGGAGGUCAACUAAUGCCGCCGGUGAGGUUGAAGUCGCAUUUAUAUCUGCAAAAACUAAAUGCGCGCCGAUGAAGUCAUUGACGGUCCCUCGAUUGGAGCUUCAGGCAGCUGUAUUGGGUACGCGUUUGCUGAAUUGCCUACGAGAGGAGCACUCCUUGCACAUCGAUGACUGCGUCAUUUGGAGUGACUCCAAAACAGUGAUCCAGUGGCUUCGAAGUGAACAUCGACGCUAUAAGCCAUUUGUGCAGCAUCGGAUCGCCGAGAUAUUAGCCACAACUACUACUGCAAACUGGAGAUGGCUACCUACCGAGCACAAUGUCGCUGAUGAGGCUACUCGAGCUAAUAACUUUGUCGACUUCAGCUCGUCCGCCCGUUGGUCCUGCGGCCCACCAUUUUUGUUACGAGAAGAGCAGUAUUGGCCGACAGAGAGCUCUACAUGCAAUCAUCAUGAGGAAGCUGACAAGGAACUACGUCCUAAAUUCGCCCUUGCAAUCGUAAGCUGUACGUUUCUAGACUAUAACCGAUUCUCUACAUUCAGUAAACUGGUGAGAACGACAGCAUGGGUCCUGCGAUUCAUUGACGUUUGCCGCCGCCGUAAACCGCCAGACCGAGGCUAUGGGUUGACUGCCAAAGAAGUUGAGACUGCUAAGCUUUGUUUGUGCCGCCUCGUUCAACGCGGUGAAUACGCCGAAGAGUUUCAGCACAUCGAAAGCGGUCGCAACCUGCCACGCACCAGUUCGCUCAUUCAACUUUCGCCGUAUAUAGACGAAGAUGGUGUUCUUCGUGUACGAGGACGCAUAGAAGCUGCCAGCUGGCUCCCAAUAAGCGCGAGACGCCCUAUCAUACUACCGCCAAAGCAUUGUUUCUCAAAUCUGGUCGCCAUGCACUACCACGUCAAAAUGCAUCAUCAAAAUCUAGAAGCCACUAUUUGUGAGAUACGUCGCCUUUAUUGGGUACCACGCCUCAGGAGUUUGCUGCGCAGUAUAGUCGCCAAUUGCGCCAUUUGUCGCUUAAGAAAAAUCCAUGCCGUAUCGCCAUUGAUGGGCCCUCUUCCGAUUGAUAGACUCACUCCUUAUGUCAGGCCAUUCAGCUAUACGGGCCUUGAUUACUUUGGACCGAUAACAGUAACUGUUCGCCGCGCCAACGAAAAAAGAUGGGUGGCGUUAUUUACGUGCCUGACAGUCAGGGCUGUGCAUCUGGAGUUGGCUCAUGACCUCAGCACUGACUCAUGCAUAAUCGUAUUGCGCAACUUUAUAAAUCGUCGCGGCGUUCCCGUACGUGUGAGGUCCGAUAAUGGGAAGAACUUCGUCGGUGCUGACAUGGAAGCAAAGUGCUUCAGUGAAGUCUUCGAUUGGCAGUUCUGGACGUUGAUGAUGGUGAAUCGGGUUGAUUCACGGAGGCGGGAAUGUUGUGAACCCCUGAUUAGUUGUAAAAAUAUUGGGAACCCCUGA